GGCGCCCCCGCCCGUCCUCCCGGUGCCGAUCCCGGUGCCGGUCCCGGAACCAGGCGAGGCCGGAGCGGCCCGGUGGCGGCGAGAUGGCGGAUUCCUAUACCUGUAAAGGUGGAAGGAAAACUGCAGGCUCUAACAAACCCACUGCCAGCAAAGAAAGCAGGACAGAGACGAGGAUAAACCCACCGGCAGAGCUGCCCAAGCUGGGAAAUGCAACCAGUGACAAAACUGAAGGCAGGAAGAAAGGAAGACCCAAGGCUGAGAACCAGGCGCUGAAAGACAUCCCUCUUCCCCUGAUGAACCAGUGGAAGGACGAAUUCAAAGCCCACUCCAGGGUGAAAUGUCCCAAUUCAGGCUGCUGGCUGGAGUUCCCCAGCAUUUAUGGCUUGAAGUACCACUAUCAGCGCUGCCAGGGGGGUGCAAUCUCAGAGAAGCUGACAUACUCAUGCUCAUACUGCGAAGCUGCCUUCACCUCCAAAACCCAGCUGGAAAAGCAUCGGCUCUGGAAUCACUUGGACCGGCCAGUGCCAACCAGCAAAGCAGAAAACAAAGUGCCCAAGGCCAUUGGGAAGAGCAGUGGAAAGAAAAGACCUGCUGAGAGUUCAGCUUGCCCCACCAUCCAUCCCAAACAGGCAAAGACGGAAAAAGCCGUGGCCCAGGAGCACGCGGAGAACGGCGAGUGCCUGGCGGAGAGCCGGGAGAGCAAGGAGUUCCAGAUUGCAGCAGCUGAGGCCAUGGCAGCUGCCACCCCCACGGCCAAAUCCUCCAGUGGCAAGGAUGUCGGGCAGCAGCGGGGCAGCCAGGCCUCCCUGCAGGAGGAAGACCCCGAGAGGAUGAAGCACAGAAGGAAACAGAAAACUCCUAAGAAGUUUACAGGGGAGCAGCCAUCCAUCUCGGGGACAUUUGGACUGAAAGGUCUUGUCAAAGCAGAGGACAAAGCAAAAGCUCAUCGAGCCAAGAAGCUGGAGGGAAAUGCCAACAUGGAGGAGCUGAAAAAGAAACCUCCAGGAGUUGGUGUGAAGAAGGAAACACCUGUGCAUCCACCAGCAGCAAACCCCGAGGACCAGUGGCAGCGCGAGAUCAGCGAGAAGGGGGAAGUUUGCUGUCCAACCUGCAGUGUUAUAACCAGGAAAACUAUUGUGGGACUCAAAAAACACAUGGAUGUCUGCCAGAAACUGCAGGAUGCCUUGAAGUGUCAGCACUGCAAAAAGCAGUUCAAGUCCAAAGCUGGGCUGAAUUACCACACCAUGGCUGAACACGUCAGCAAGCCUGUUCCUGUGGAAACCGCUGGACUUGGUGAACAGGAAGAGCGGGAAAGGCUGAGGAAAGUGCUAAAGCAGAUGGGAAAACUGAAAUGCCCCAAUGAGGGCUGCGUGGCCAACUUCUCCAGCCUGAUGGGCUACCAGUACCACCAGAAGCGGUGUGGCAAGCAGCUUGCCGAGGCCGACAAGCCCGUGUUCAGCUGCCCACACUGCGGCAAGAAGUACAAAUCCAAGGCUGGCCACGACUAUCACGUGCGGUCAGAGCACACGGCCUCGGUGAGCCCCCCGGAGGCCCCCGCGGCCCGAGGAGCGGGGCCAUCCCCCCCCGGGGGGGACUGCAGAGCUGCGGAGCCCGUGGGCAGGACCGAGCCGGGCAGGGCCGGGCCGGGCAAGCCUCCAGAGGAGCCAGAGGUGAAGCCAGAGCCUGCUCCUGUAGAGGAUUUUGAGAGGACCCCGAGUGGCCGCAUCCGCCGGACGUCGGCCCAAGUCGCCGUCUUCCACCUCCAGGAGAUAGCAGAGGAUGAGCUGGCCAGGGACUGGACCAAAAGGAGGAUGAAGGAUGACCUGGUGCCUGAAACAAAGCGGCUCAAUUACACCCGGCCAGGGCUCCCAAAGCUCAAUCCCAGGCUGCUGGAAAACUGGAAGAAUGAAGUGAAGGAGAAGGGCCGCAUCAACUGUCCUAACAACUGCUGUGAAGCCAUUUACUCCAGUGUCUCGGGGCUGAAAGCUCACCUGGCCAAUUGCAACAAGGGGGAGCACUCAGUGGGCAAGUACCGCUGCCUCCUGUGCCAGAAGGAGUUCAGCUCCGAGAGCGGAGUCAAGUACCACAUCAUCAAGGCUCACUCGGAGAACUGGUUCCGAACCUCCUCAGAGGCCAGCCGGAAAAAGAAAAACAGGGAACAGCUUUCUUCCAGCAAAGAGGAGAAAAAGAAAAGCACAAACGGGAAGAAAAGGGGGAGAAAACCCAAGGAGAGGCCUUCGGAAAUGUCCCCGAAGGGCAGAGAGAGCGUGGCAGCAAAGACUAAUCACAAGAAAAGCCUCGAGCACUGGGAAGGCUCCCGGGGCAGCCCCGAGGGGGACGAGCUCGGCCUGAAGCCCCCGAGCCAGCGGAAGGGAGGAGCCAGCAAGAUGCCCGAGAAAUGAGCAGCUCAGAGACUCGUCUCCGAGGAUUCGUUUACAGCCCAGGGUAACAGGGUGGGGGUCUCUCCCAGUUUUAUGUCCCCUCCUCCCCAUCCCACCUCCUCUCGCCCCACCCUCCUCUCACCCUCUUUUUACAAAAAGAAAAAAAAAAAGACAGAAAAAAAAAAAAAGACAGAAAAUACCAGUUAACCACUUUAAACAAAUCACGGACCUUGUUUCACACUGGAAAACAAACAGGAUCAAGGAAGCUGGAACGUUCUCCACCCCCUGCCCAUGUACAUAGCCCUCGGUGGGGCCCCGCUGCCUCCCCCGGCCCUUGGUUCCCUUCCCCUGCGCCAACCUGGUGACGCUUGAGCGAAAGAGAAGUGCAAUAGCAGCGGGGUCCGUGGGCAGGGACCCUCCCCAGCGGCUCCAGGGGGAGCUGCCCGGCUGUCCAGCGGCCUCCCAGCUCCGGGUGGUGCUUCCAAAGAUGUUUGAGCCGGCCGGGAGGGGAUGCUGCGGUGUGGGAGGGUUGGCAGCGCUUCCCCUGCAGCCGUGAUCCGGGGGAAGGUGCUGGGCAGGGAGCGGCUCUGAGGACUCGGCAGGGUUGAUUUGUUUGUCUGCAAGGCACGGGCAGAGCAGGGAGCAGGGAGAGGGAUGCACACUGGCGGUGUGAGCAGGAGAGGGGGUGCUCUGCAGCUGGUCAGGCUAUAGAGGGUUUAAUGGGAAGUUGUGGGAAUGCUGUGGGCACCGUGAGAGUGGCAGUGCAGCCGUGGAGGGGGUGCAGUGAGGGAGCUGUGCCUCGGUGCUGGGGUUGUGUGUGCUGGGCCUGGAGUGCUGUGAUGGCAGAGACACGAUGGCAGUGCCAGGGUCAGGGGGAGAUGGCAGCCCAGGAGCUGCCCCCCAGCCUGGGGGCAUCCAAGGGUGAUUCAGGGUCCCACUGUGCUCCAUCCUGACGGUGCCAUCACCCAGGAGGGAGGAAUGGAGUCUCAGUUCCCCAGCUGUGGCCACAGGGAUGGGGCAGCAUCGAGAGACAAUCAUGGGUCCUGCUGUAGGGUGAGCCCAGUUGCUGCCCAGCCACCUCACACUCCCCUUGUCCUUUUGGGCUGGGACCCACCAUAGGAGGAGUCUCUGCUUCCAAAGAUGCAUCUGAGCCCCUGACCACCCUCCUCAGGUGGUGCCA